AUGUUACGAUGUGUUCAACAUUCUACUGAUGAUAAAACAUGGGUCAAUUCGUCCACAAUACUAGAUGAUACUAAUAAUGGUCGAGUUGACUAUUGUAUAGAAGGAUUAGAACCAGAUACUAGUUAUUAUAUCAGAGUGAUAGCUAGUAAUAAAUAUGGUGAAAGUUUAAUUGGUAUAUUAUCUCAGAGUGAACCUCCUAAAACAGCAUCGAGACAAGAUAUGUCAAGUAAUGAGUUUGAUGUAGUAGGUUUAGAUAUUGGUAUUGUGUUGGCUAUCCUUGCAGCUGUAGUUGUUGGUGUUAUUCUUUACAAAUGGCGACAAGGUAAAGGGAAAGAAGAAGAAACGUAUGUGAGUAUCUUUAUUCCCUGGUCUAUCUUUCUUGUGAAUAACACCAAUAAGUUUCAACAAGUUUUUACUGUACGUUCUACCGGAGCGAACGUCUUCUCUGGGUCUUGA